AUGACUCAGGAGCCUCUCACCAGUGCGGUGGCUUUUUCCAGCAAAGCAGCUCAGGAUCUUGAACAAGAAAAGAACGACAGACCAAAGUGCAAUCAAAGUGUUUCCAGCAGGUCGUCAGCUUUUCUGUUUCUGGACUACCCAAAAACAGGAGAAAUGGGUGAUGCAAUGCAUUGGUGCACACAGACACCAUUUUCCGAAGGCACUGGUCAUUUGUCUGACUCUCUCCAGUACAACAGAAAAUACGGUGGACUGAUCGCCCCAGAGAACGGCGUGUACAAGGUAUACAGUCAGGUGACAUUUCGCCAGUUACCCAGGGCAUCCGGUCCCACCCUCUACAUACACUGUCUGUUCCGUGUGCGCGCGCACCAUGAAGAGGGAAAAGUCGUCAUCUGUUCGAAGACCACUAAGAUGAACGUCACCGACGCCAGAAUCCUCCAGCCGUCGUAUUUCCAGGCGGAGAUCAACGUCAACAGCGGUGAUACGCUGUUUGUGAACGUGUCUGACAUCUCAUCUGUGUUCUCGUCCUAUGAAGACAGCUUCUUCGGCUUGUCAAAACAGUAA